CUUUUGCUGCCCCCGAAACUGAAAUCUUUCAGUCUUCACGUUACACUGUCCUAACAUUUUGAUUUUCGACCAUACAUACUGACAAAACCGUAUAAUAUACCGUAUACUACGCGCUCUGUCUUCUUCAUCUCUUAAAACACACAGACACCCCACGUACACUCGUCCUCUCUCUCUCUCUCUCUCUCUCACUCUCUCAAUGUUACCUCUUAUCGUCCUCUGCUCUUUACUCUCUCUACUCCUCCUCCCGCCGGCGUAUCUCGCCGCCGUGAGUGAUGACGAGUACCUGAAGCUUCCAUUACUACGUAAAUCUCCGUUACCUUCUCCGACGCAAGCUCUGGCUUUAGACACUCGCCGUCUCCAUUUUCUAUCUCUCCGCCGUAAGACCAUCCCAUUUGUCAAAUCUCCGGUAUCCUCCGGCGCUUCUUCCGGGUCGGGUCAAUACUUCGUGGAUCUCCGGAUCGGCCAACCGCCUCAGUCGCUACUCCUGAUCGCCGAUACCGGAAGCGAUCUCGUAUGGGUGAAAUGCUCCGCUUGUCGAAACUGCUCUCUCCACUCUCCGGCCACCGUCUUCUUCCCUCGCCACUCCUCCACAUUCUCUCCGACUCAUUGCUACGACCCGACUUGUCGACUCGUACCCAAACCGAAUCCGGCUCCGAAAUGUAACCAUACCCGGAUCCAUUCCACGUGUCCGUACGAGUACGCUUACGCGGACGGUUCAUUAACCUCCGGUCUAUUCGCUAGAGAAACGACGACGUUGAGGACUAGCUCCGGUAGGGAAGCGAAUCUAAAGAGCGUCGCUUUCGGAUGCGGGUUUCGGAUCUCGGGUCAAAGCGUAUCGGGUACGAGUUUUAAUGGAGCCCAUGGAGUUAUGGGCUUGGGCCGUGGGCCUAUUUCUUUUGCUUCACAGUUGGGCCGUCGAUUCGGUAACAAGUUUUCGUAUUGCUUAAUGGAUUUCACUCUCUCUCCGCCUCCGACUAGUUACCUCACCAUCGGAGGAGUUCGAUCCGGCGCCGUUUCGAAGCUUUCCUUCACUCCGUUACUAACGAAUCCGUUAUCUCCGACGUUUUACUACGUUCGAUUGAAAUCGAUUUCCGUGAACGGUGCGAAAUUACGAAUCGAUCCUUCCGUUUGGGAAAUCGACGGUUCAGGUAACGGCGGAACCGUCGUGGAUUCCGGUACAACCCUCUCGUUUUUGGCUGAUCCGGCGUAUCGACUGGUAGUCGCGACUAUGAGACGACGGAUCAGGCUCCCGAAUGCGGCGGAGCUGACUCCGGGAUUCGAUCUAUGCGUUAACGUCUCCGGCGUUUUGAAGCCGGAAAAGAUGAUGCCGAGAUUGAAAUUCGGAUUUGCAGGCGGUGCGGUGUUCGUUCCGCCGCCGAGGAAUUAUUUUAUCGAGACGGAGGAACAUAUCCAGUGUCUGGCGAUUCAAUCGGUGAAUCCGAAGGUGGGAUUCUCGGUGAUUGGGAAUUUGAUGCAGCAAGGGUUCUUGUUUGAAUUUGAUAGAGAUAGAUCUCGGCUGGGUUUUUCUCGUCACGGUUGCGCUUCGCCGUGAUGAUUCACCGGCAUAUUCUGUUCUCGACUAGCUCAAAGAUUCUUUUAUCCUUUGUAAUUUUACUUAUGUUUUUCUUUCCGUUUUGGAAGCACGGGAUUGGAUGGCGGUUCACUGUUACCG